GACUACAGCUCCCAGAGUGCUCCGCCCUGCAGCCGGAGGGGACGGGCCAAGAUGGCGGCAGGCGAGGAGGAAGGGUCUGCGCCGGAGCCGGAGCAGGAACAGGAGGCGGCGGCCGAGGAGCCGCGGAGCUUCAAGGACUUGGGAGUGACAGAUGUCCUGUGUGAAGCUUGUGACCAGCUGGGAUGGAAGGUGCCAACGAAGAUCCAGGUUGAGGCUAUUCCAGUGGCUCUCCAAGGCAGAGAUGUCAUUGGACUGGCAGAAACUGGCUCUGGAAAAACAGGAGCCUUUGCUUUGCCAAUUCUCCAAGCACUGCUGGAAACACCUCAGCGAUUAUUUGCUCUUGUGCUCACACCAACAAGGGAGCUGGCCUUCCAGAUCUCUGAGCAGUUUGAGGCUCUUGGAUCCUCCAUUGGUGUUCAAAGCACGGUUAUUGUGGGUGGAAUUGACACCAUGUCUCAGUCUCUGGCCUUAGCCAAGAAACCACAUGUUAUAAUUGCAACCCCUGGCCGUCUGGUUGAUCAUCUGGAGAACACAAAGGGCUUCAACUUACGGGCUCUGAAGUUCCUGGUGAUGGAUGAGGCUGACCGGAUUCUUAACAUGGAUUUCGAGACAGAGGUGGAUAAGAUAUUAAAAGUGAUUCCUCGAGACAGGAAGACAUUCCUGUUUUCUGCCACCAUGACCAAGAAGGUUCAAAAACUCCAGCGUGCUGCUCUGAAGAAUCCUGUGAAAUGUGCUGUUUCUUCCAAAUAUCAGACAGUUGAAAAGCUACAGCAGUACUACAUUUUCAUCCCCUCCAAAUUCAAGGACAGCUACCUGGUUUAUAUCUUGAAUGAACUGGCUGGUAACUCUUUCAUGAUAUUCUGCAGUACAUGUAACAAUACUCAGAGGACUGCUCUGCUGCUCCGCAACCUGGGGUUCACUGCCAUUCCCCUCCACGGGCAGAUGAGCCAGAAUAAACGUUUGGGCUCUCUAAACAAGUUCAAAGCAAAGGCACGUUCUAUUCUGCUGGCUACUGAUGUUGCAAGCAGAGGUCUGGACAUCCCACACGUGGAUGUGGUGAUAAACUUUGAUAUUCCUACCCACUCUAAGGAUUACAUUCAUCGUGUUGGGAGAACAGCUCGAGCUGGGAGAUCUGGCAAAUCUAUCACCUUUGUCACACAGUAUGAUGUAGAGCUGUUCCAGCGCAUCGAACACCUGAUUGGCAAGAAGCUGCCAGCAUUCCCCAUGCAAGAGGAAGAAGUCAUGAUGCUGACAGAGCGUGUGGCUGAGGCCCAGAGGAUUGCUCGAAUGGAGCUGCGGGAGCAGGGGGAGAAGAAGCGAUCGCGGAACGAUGAUGAUGACACAGAAGAGGCUAUUGGUGUCAGGAAUAAGGUGGCAGGAGGGAAAAAGAAGAAAAGGAAAGCCUUCUAGUUUGGUAUUUGAACAGACGUUUUUAUUUUUCUCUUUAUAUCUGUCUGAGCUAUCAAAAACAGUCUACCAAGCCAUCUCCAGUGGAUUUUUUUCCAGAACUACAUAUGAAAUUUGGCAGUCCCUGAGGAAAAAAAACCUGCUUUUCUUUGCCAGCUACAGAUGGAGCUUGGCCCAUGUUGGUACCAUGGUAGCAGUUUUCCUUUCAGGGACACCGUCAGAGACCAUCACCUCUGGCCUGGAAGCAGCUGUGGUCUGGCCCUGCUCAUUUUACUAUGAAGUGCAGCAUGAGUGCAGCUUUUGCACUGCUGCAGCCUGUCCCACUAUCCAAUCUCACUGAGUGCAUCUGGAGUCAGAUCUGUCAGAAGAAAGAGGAAAAAGUUUAAAAGAAGUGACUGUUUUCACAGCACAGCUGUGAUGCCCUUGCCUUGGUGAAGGGAUGUGUUACACUGAGAACUCAAAAUAUAUUUUGCUUAAUUUUAAAGCUACCUGGUUUUCCUUGUCUUGUCACUGACCUGUUCUGGUCACUUUGUGUAUCAGCUCUGCCAGAAGGUUUUCUUCUUGGGUCAAUCCUAGCAAUUCAGAUGUGACAUCAGUGCCUUAGAUUUUUCAGCUGAAGAGUGGUCCAGCACAGAGAGAACAAACUUCAGCAGGAUGAAACAUUCACUGCCUGGAAUUAGAUCCAAUACCUGCUGAUGAUUGACACCAUCAAGGAUAGGUCAGGGUUUGGCGUGGGGUUUUUGUGGCCGAUUCCCGUAGUACUUACAAGUGAACACAAGAGGGGGGUAUUUACGUUGGAAAGCAACUCGCCUGUUUUUCUGCACUUCCCAGCUUGUAUCCUGGAAAGCUCUUUGUUUCCCUAGGCAGGGAAUUUUGUUACUCUUAGGCUGAGUUCCAUGACAGAUAAAUACACUUUUGCAAGAAUGAGAUAAAUGUACUUGAUAUAAAACCAGAAGGUUACUGCUAGUUCUCAUUGACAAUAAAAAUUUUCAUACAGGAUGUUCCUGUUGGCAGGCAGAGAACAGGGAGAAGCUCCUGCAUAUGUAAAUUUACUGAGAACAUGAAAAUUUAAUAUCCAGUAGAACUAUUCAUAAACUGGAUUUUGUGCUACAUGAAAAAUAAUGUUUAAAAUAGUCCUUUUUAGAUCUAAAUAGAAAGUAGAAACUAUUGCAGUGGUCAAGUUGAGCACAGUGGUUAUUUCACACUGUUGGCAUAAAUCUUGUAUGCCAGUCAGAAUGCUUUUACACUUUUGUUAGGGACAGCACAUUUUGCAAAGAAAUGCCAGAAAACCUAGGUCUGUUUUUUCAUGAGGAUCUGAGGUAGUCUUUGGAGCAAAAAGAAUGCCAGUGUUCUCACUCUUUGUUUAUGUUGUAGCAGUUUACUUAAAUCUCCCAAAUAUCUUCAAGCUCUAAAAUGGUCUUGAUUCAGUGGCAGAUCAUAAGUGUACAAAUCUUGGGUAUGGUCACUGCUAAGAGCCUUUGUGUAAAGGAGAAAAAGUGUUUAUCUUCCCUGGGUCCUAGCACAGAGGGCCAGGGGUGAAAGCCCAUAAAUGAGAACAUUUUACAGGGCUCUUUGGUAGCAAACCACACAGAUAAGAGGAAACAGCCCUAGAAUGCACCAGAGACGGAACAAAAUGAGUGAUAAUAUGGGUGGAGAUGCAAGUGCUUGUUCCCCAUGGAGCAUGGGAACACUCCCAACUGUCCUGCUGGGAGCUUGAACAAAAUUCCUUAUUCUUUGCAGGCAGGAUAGAGUUGGUUCCAGUAUAAGCAAAGGAGGCUUAAAUCUGAGGGUCCUGCAUCCCUGGAAAACCAGUGUUAUUCCUAGCUAUGUAAUCGUUGAGAUGCAGAGUCAGUCUUGAACCAGUCUUGUAAAGUGAUGUGAAGGGCACUUUGACUGCUGGAGGAGGUAGGGCAGAGUAAUUUCUUUCAGAAUUCCUUUCAGGUUGUUGGAGUCUGUAGCAUCUCACUGUGUUCUUCCUAUUCAGAAGCCUGCAACAGCAGAGGGGAUGUCUUGUCCCUUGGUGGAGUCAAAGAUUAUCCCUCUUUUGCUGUAGCAAGAAUAUUGGUAGAGAGAAAUAGAGCUGCUGCUUGUGAAAGAGUACAGAGCCUCAUUGAGAGGAGUGACUAGACAGCUGGCCACCUCCCUUGAUUUGGAAUGACAAGCUGUAGAAGCACUUGACAUUAGAAAAGCAAAGGUCUCACCACACCCACAUUCUCACUGGUGCCUCACCUGCCACAGGUAUGUGCAUUCAGUUUCAACUAAAAAUAUCUCAACAGGUUGGAGGGGCAGGAAAUGGUUUCUUUAUUGUGGCUACUCCAGGGGGGCUGGGUCAGAGGGUGUUUUUAUAACUGAAGUGUAAUAGGGAGUGUCCGGAGAUGUAUUUGGGCAAAACAGAAUUUGCAGCCAGCCUAAAACAAAAUCUCUAGCUGAUCUGAUGAAACAUGAGGGGAAAAGAAUGAAGUGAGACCUGUCUCUCUCUGAAUAAAUGUUCAGAAAAAACCAGCACUGGUAUGUGUGUGGCUGCAUACUUUCGUACAACAACUGCUGCCAGUGUGUUUGUUCAGUCAGGAGGGCUUCUGAGGGGCAGUUCUGAAGCACACCCCUGCACCCUCUGGAGUUUCACGCAGCAGGGAGCUGAGUGGAGGAUUAACCUUAGCAUGACGUAAGGUAGGUUUGGGCUAACACAAUUUGUCAUCUUUUUGUGGUUGAAACUCAGAUGAAGUUUCAGUGAAAGCUGUGUUCUCAAAAAAUGUUCAGUGGGGAUGUUUGCAGUUUGAAACAGUUGUGCACUUCCAAAGUCCAUCAUGAGAAGGUGAUUAUUUAUAUAUUUGUAAUACAUAUUUUAAAUUAUGCCUUAUGGUUUUGAUUUUUAGUACUGUGUAGGUGGGUACUUGGGGCAGUAAAAAAUAGGGAUAGAGUAUCUUUCAUUUGAAUGUUCUAGAGCUAACAGAAGUGGGUCAACCCUUGUGAGGGGAGAAGUAAAAUUAAAUAUGGAUGUUAGUGUGGAUAACUAACUUCAAGAUAAGUGACAAUAGCUGCAAAAUAGUAGCAGUCCCUGCAACCACCCAGUGGUCCAGUACAGAAGCUGCAUUGAACCGACCCAUCUGAAAAGGGUUUGGCUGUGUCAGUUGUCAGUGCCAUGCACCUCCUGCCCAGGGGCUGCAAGAGAAGGCAUGGGCCAGAAAGCACAGCUGGGAACCAAAGUGGGCAAUCCAGGGCCUUCUGUGGCAGCAGGAGUAGCCUAAUCUUCUAAAAGUAAUGAGGCACACAUGAACUGAUUCAAGGACCUGACUGCCCACCUGUCCCCUGCCCCCAGAAAGGUAGAGAUAACUAAAGAGGGAGAGCUGAAUUCCAUGACUUUCUAGCAACACCACUAACUUGUGCUGAGAAGAGUCUCAGUUUAGGAGGAAUUCUGAGAAGUAAUUGGCAAUCUGGAAGGCCUUAGUUUACAAAUCAGGACUGAAGUGAGUAAAAAUUCACAGUGUAACCAAGCACAGAAGAAGGAGAAUAACAAAGCUCUUGAACAUACCUAAGAAAGAAUGGAAUUCAUUGCAUGACCUGUGAAAGGCACAGGCAUGUACCAACCACUCUGGUGAUGUAUAAAUGUGAAGUUGUGGUUUGCCUGCAAUGACACGUAAGGAGCUUCUGUAAACAUUCAAGUGAGCAAUGAAUUAUUGUAAAUGUUGCAGAGUAAAUACUGUAAAAAUCCAGCUUUGGUGCCAGAUGUAGUUUAUGUAGUCAUUCUGAAUUUUUACUCCUCUUCUUUAUGUACUUAGUAGAAUUUUCUCUUUUUUUUUUUGGAGGGGGGGGCAGGGGGAACCCCCAACAAUUGCAAACACAGAGAACUGGGUUUCUGACAGAAUAACAAGAUUUGAGUUGACUCCUGAACUUUCAAAAAAAAUAAAAUGGUUGAAAGAUA